CCAUGAUCAGUACUUGUAAGAAGAGAUAUCUCUAGCUCAAAAUGAUGCUAUACAAGAGUGGUUAAGUGAUCUGUUCUGAAAACCUGCUAGCUAUAUAUUUCGUAAAGUUAAACUACUGUUAUGAAGAGAUUUGUGGGAUAAGAUCAGGUUCCAUUGAACACACUGACAUUUUCCUGAUUGGCUAAGUUUAUUAUUGAUCUGGACAGCGUUCAGCAGGAACAUGAACUUUAAAGGUGAGUUGUUGUGUUUUUUUUAUUUUUAAAUUUAUUUACAUGUUAAAUACUGUAAUGAAUUAUAAAUAAUGUAACUUCAAGCUUGGAGUGUUCCUUUAAUUAAAAUCCAUACUUUCAAGAAUACUAGUGUGAAAGUUUGUUUAUAAAGAAAACAAAAAAUACUUAUUGAUUUUAUAUUUCUGUUUCAGAUCAUGGUAAAGGCCGCCAGAGGCAAGCCAUUCUUGGAGACCACCCAUCUUCCUACAGAUAUGAUGGUUAUGGUAGGUGUGCUUUGAAACUACCAAUUUGCUUAAUAUUUCAUACUAUUCACACUUAAAUUAUCAAAAUAUGACCGCAUCAACCGGCUCUUCCUCUAUAACCACUCAGUAUAGUCCUUAUUUGUAAUUCAGGCCUGUUUACUAACCCCCAAGCGUAAGUGCUAUGAAGGAAACAAAAAGCUUUCUAAAGCUAAGCUAAACUGCUCUGUUUGAACCACAACUGCUUUAACUAUUUAAUAGAUGGCAGUAUUGUUUAUAUAUGUGUGUGUGUAUAUGUGUAUAUGUAUGUAUGUGUGUGUGUGUGUAUAUAUAUAUAUAUAUAUAUAUAUAUAUAUAUAUAUAUAUAUAUAUAUAUAUAUAUAUAUAUAUAUAUAUAUAUAUAUAUAUAUAUAUAUGAUUGGAAAUGACCGCACUCCAAGGACUUGUUGAUAGUAAAAAUAAAAUAUAACUUUUUUUAUUCUAUAUCAUAUAAAAAAAUAUCGACGUUUCAGCCCCAAUACAUGGGCUUUCAUCAGGAUGGCAAUACAAUACACAAAUACAUAUAAAAUACUUAUAUAGCAAAACAUAAAAGGAUACUAACCAGCUUCAUGUGUGAGAGAACCGAAAUGGCGUUCAAACUGCACGUGGAACAGCUGAUCAGAGUGCUUCAACCGUAGUUCCAUUUGGUUGCUAGGUGAUCAGUGGAACGCACUUUCACCCCAUUGCUAUGCUGUUAGAUCGGUAGACACAGAGCUAGUAUUGCUAUGUGUAUGGAUCUUCAAAUCAUUCCCUCUGCCUGCUACUUUCUGGCACUGUGCCUGGAAUGCAAAGUAUCAGUAGGCACCAUACAUCAUACAUACAUCAUGUGCUGCAGCACUAACAGGAUAGAGCCCUUGACAGGACUUCAGUCUGGCAGAGUGCAAAUGCCAUCACACUCAGCCAGCUUGGGUCUUCACUUCUCACAAAUAGAGGGGGGAUAUAAGUGCCCAAAGAGAAGUUAGAAGUGUGUUAUAAACCGAAUAUAAAGCCACACUAUUGUUUUGUAAACCAGCCAAUAUGGAGCUGUGUAGAGAUGGACAAAUACUGCCAAGUCCAUUAUGUUAUAGUCAAACUACCCCCCAUAUAGCUAUAUUUAAAUGGUACUCCCCAAUUCCUAGCAGGAGAAAAUGUGUAAAUACAUAAAACAUAUAUUAAAGCUUUAAUAUAUGCUUUUAUGUAUUUACACAUUUUCUCCUGCUAGGAAUUAGGGAGUACCAUUUAAAUAUAGCUAUAUCCAAUCAUUUUUUUUGUAUCUUGUGCCUGACCAGCACCGGGCAAUUACUCUCUAAUCCAUCUCCGUAUUUAUGUGUGUGUGUGUGUGUGUAUGUAUGUAUGUGUGUGUGUAUAUAUAUAUUUUUUUUUAGGUCCCACUGACUCUAUAAGGCACCUUUGAUUUAAUUGUUGUGUCCAUUCUCAUUAUCUGUGUUCCUCAAACUACCAAUCAUGCUACCAAUCAUACCCGAUUUUUUUUUUUUUUUCUUCAAAGUACUAAUUACUUUGGAAUAUUGUCAUUUGUAUUAUUUUGGGGAGCAUCCUUUUGCUAUUCAAGAACAUGACAUCUGUUUUCAUAAAAAGGAUAACUACAUUUUUUGUAAGAAUGUUGCUUCUAAUACCUUCCACCUCCUGGUCCUCUCCCCUCCUUCUGUAUCGUGCAGUGUUAAUUUUGAUGACUAACAAUUUUAGUCGACUAAAAUAUGACUAAAAGUCAAAAGACUAUGACAAAAACUAAAUUGAAAUUUACCACCAAUAUUAACACUGCACAGAGAGCUGUGGAAAGGGCAAAAGAGACAGACCAGGGCUUGGGAGAGAGACAUCUAGAGGGUCUGGGAGAAUACAAAAAGACACACAGGGGGCUGGGGAAAGGGCAAAAGAGACCAAUGGAGGCUUUAACUAAACCCAUUAGAUUUUAGUUGUCUACUACAAUCUCCUGGAGGUUCAGCGGACUGCAAUGGCUUUUUAGUCAAGACUAUGAAUAAAACUAAAUUUGCUGCCAAAAUUAACACUAGUAUUGUGCAUCCGUAAAUGAAUUGUGUGUGUGUGUGUGUGUGUGUGUGUAUGUAUAUAUAUAUAUAUAUAUAUAUAUAUAUUUAUUACUGCUGUUUAGGCAUUUAAAUUAAGAAAAUAAUAUAAAUGUAUGCAUUGUUUAUUUUUUGUGCCCAGGAAAUCAUGGCCCCCUUCUACCUCUACCAAACCGCUAUAGGAUGGGAUCAAGAGAUACACCGGAGCUGGUUUCUUAUCCUCUACCCCAGGCAUCCUCUUCCUACAUCCACGGCUCCCCUCCAAUAGGCUCUGUCGCCAUGGUUAGCAGCUUGCAUCAGGAGAAAAUGAACUGCUCUCGGGUCUUCAAUUUGUUUUGCUUGUAUGGUAACAUUGAAAAGGUAGUGUACACAUUUGCUUUGUAGUUUUUAUUAAAAUGUCUAUAUUUUAAUGCUUUAAAUUAAUUAAAUAGGCACCCAGACCACUUCAUCUCAAUAAAGUGGUCUAGGUACUAGGGAUCGACCGAUAUUGAUUUUUUACAGCCGAUACUGAUAAUCUGUGAACUUUCAGGCAGAUAGCCGAUAACUUACGAUAUUCUGUACAUUUACCAUUUUGAAAAAAACUAUUUCUAAAGGUAAAUGCACAAAUCAUACAUGCCACAUGUAGUGGAUGCAGUGUGUUUAGACAGGGGAGCUGUGUGUAUUUGUGUAGUGUGUGUGUAGUGGAUGCUGUGUGUAUUUGUGUAGUGUGUGUGUAUAUAUAAUGAAUGCAGUGUGUGUGUAUAGUGAAUGCAGUGAGUGUUUGUGUAAUGUGUGUGUGUGUGUGUGUGUAUAUAUAUAUAUAUAUAUUAGAAUGCUGUGUGUGUAUAGUGAAUGCAGUGAGUGUUUGUGUAGUGUGUGUGUGUGUGUAUAUAUGUGUGUGUGUGUGUGUGUGUGUGUAUAUAUAUAUAUAUGUGUGUGUGUGUGUGUGUGUGUGUGUAUAUAUAUAUAUUUAUUAGAAUGCUGUGUGUGUGUGUGUGUAUAGUGAAUGCAGUGAGUUUGUGUAGUGUGUGUGUGUGUAUAUAUAUUUAGAAUGUAGUGUUUGUCUAGUGUGUGUGUAUAGUGAAUGCAAUGUUUGUCUAGUGUGUGUGUGUGUAUAGUGAAUGCAGUGUUUGUCUAGUGUGUGUGUGUGUGUGUAGUGAAUGCAGUGUGUUUGUCUAGUGUGUGUGUGUGUGUGUGUGUAUAUAAUGAAUGCAGAGUGUGUUUGUCUAGUGUGUGUAUAGCGAAUGCAGUAUAUUUGUGUACUGUGUAUGUGUGUUUCUGUAGGUAUGUAAUUUGUAUAAAAUGAGGGGGGGAAGAGGAGGCAUUUAAAAAAGUGUGUUGUUUUUAGUUUUUUUUAAAUAUUACAUUUAAAAAAAAAAUGUAUUCCCCCCCCCUCUCUGCUUGUUACCUGGCCAUGGAGGUGGGCUAUGGCAUUCCCUGGUGGUCCGGUGGCAUGGACUGUACAGCGGGGGCCCAGCAAGCGCUUACUUACCUUCCCGUCAGCUCCCCAGUGUAAAUCUGGCGGCCAGCGUGCUGCGCGGAGCGGUGUCAUGGUAACCCGUGGCAACAAUCUGACGGCUGCGGGACUCGCAAGAUUUACAGUGGGGAGCUGCUGGGAAGGUAAGUAAGCGCUUGCUGGGCACCCCAGGACAGCCAGGCUUGUUAUGGUCCCGGCAUGUAUUAUCGCCAAUAUUUGUAUCUGUUUGCCAAUACCGAUAUAUUGCCAAAUAUCAGCCGAUAAUAUCGGCCAGACAGAUUAUCGCUCGAUCCCUACUAGUUACCAUGUGCACCUCAUUUUAAUCCUGCAGCUAAAAACAGUGCCAUUCUGCAGGCAGUGUUUUUGUUGCAGAGUUAACCUGCCUCUGGUGGUUGUAAUACUGACAGCCACUAGUGGUGCUUCCUUGAAGUAGUGGAGUACUUAACUAUUUUUUUAUCAUAGAGACCAUCUGAUUGGUGCAGCACAGCAUAUUGCUGCGCAUACACACUAGCCUCCCAAUCCUUUCGUGGAGACCAGUGCUGUCCCUGGCAGUGGGGGACACAUUUGCAUUCUUAACGCUCUAGUGUUCCUUUAAGUAUUUCACAAAGUGGAAAUUACACUUUCCCUCAUUCGUAUAUCAGUCUGGUAACCCUCAUUCUGGGUGGCUAGCUCACAGUCUUCCAGUUUAAGAAAAAUGAAUUGAUUCAUUUUGGGAGUGAAGGUCAAUGUGCAUAAAGCCGAUUAGUUAGAGCCAUAAAAACAAACUGGUGAAAACUUACAGCAUGCCCAACCUCAAAGUCCUUGUGUAGGGUCUUAAGAUAUUGCAUUGUUUUACUUGCUGGGACCAUGCAUUGUCUUGAAUCUGCCACGUUCUCCUGAGUGGCUUCUCCUUUAUCCAUAAGGGAUUGUGUCUCCUCUUUCACUACUGCAUUCUCUGCAGACCACUUCCUUAUGUUUUUUUUCAAGAGAUUUGUGAGGUCCUUUUUGUAGAAGGGGUAUUUCUCUUUCAAUGAAGAUUCCUCCUCUGAAGUUGAUGAGUUGUCAGUCCUCUGUCUUAGUAGGCACCUCUAUUUUAGAUCUCACUGGACACAAACAUGUAUUACAAUGUCUAUUGUGUCACUGCUCAGGCAGGCCCAACAGGUGAGUGAGGAAAAGCAUAUCUUAGCCAGUACACUGUGCAGAAGAGAUUGUGUCCUCAUUUGAGUAGAUACAGUGGUAGCCUUAAAACCUCUUAUUUAGCUUGGAUAUCUCCUUAAAAGAAGGGCAAUAGCUAGUAUCCUGGACCCUCAAGACAUCAACCUAAUGGUUUCCGAAGAUUCUCUUGGAGCAUUGAGAAGCUGUCUGGUUAGGCUGCACUCUGGUUCUGUCUCAUUACAAUUAUUUUUAUCACUUUGAGAAAAUACUAUAUCAUUACUAUUCUCUGCCUUUCUCCAGAAUUAGGCAUUAUCUGUCUUCUAUUAGACUGCUCACUCAUUCUUUGUAUCUCUCUCCCCGUUAAAUUUCCCACUCUGCCAUUACAACUCUCUUCUAGACUGUCGAUUCUGUCAUUUCAUUUCUUUCUCUUCCAGUAGACGACCCACUCCAUAAUUUUAUCUGUCUGUCACAUUAGACUGCCUAUUCUGUUUUCUCUUUGCUCAUCCAUUAAUCUAAUCAAUUUGUCAUUACAUUUUUCUCUGACGUUGCACAAAUCUCUUCCAUUAGUUUUCUUACUUUGCUAAUAUAAAACGCUCUCUUCCUUUAGACUGCACAUCUCUAUCCCAUUUCAUUGUUUCUCUCAUUAGUCAUUUGAUGUUUCUCCAGUCAGACAUUUCCCUAUACUUGGCUCUACCUGCUAAUAGACUGCUCACUAUGUCAUUGCACAUUACUGAAGAAAUUACUUUCACAGUAUAUUAUGGUAACAUUUCUGGCAAAAUGUAGUGACAAUGCAUUGCUAACAAUAUUUUAAACAGAGCAUUGUCUGACUCAAAGCACUUAUUUUACUUCUCAUUUUGUGUAAUUGAAGGUGAAGUUCAUGAAGACUAUUCCUGGCACGGCUCUUGUGGAAAUGGGCGAUGAGUACGCUGUUGAAAGGGCAGUCACACAUCUGAAUAACGUAAAGGUUUUUGGAAAGAGACUAAAUGUUUGGUAAGCACAGUUUGGAUAUCAAAGAAACAUAAAUGACCCGGUUUCACUGGCUGUUUGAAAUUCAUUUUUUUACCUUGUUUGGUUAUGAAUUUAUAGUUUAUAAACAGGGCAAACCCUGCUUCUAGGAAAAGAGGUCAGAAUCAAUGUGCCUUCUUUUCCUUGGUACACAUAGGGAUAAACAGUUUAUCCUUGAUAAAAACUGGAGGACUCAGGCUGUCUAGAGGAGUCAUUAAAUGCAUACAUAUUCAGUAGGUAGUGUGGUCUGUUGUAGUAGAGUGUUCUGUGGAUCAUAUGGAGAGGUUUAAAUGAUGGGCAGUGUAUGCUGGGUAGCUGGUUAACUUACUUUUCCUAUAGUGAGGUUGAACCAUUUCUUGUUAAAGAUAGUGCUGAAGAGUUGUGUAUGGGCUACUGAGACAGUAACAUGUUAUCGGUCACACUCUCAUGCAAAAUGUUAUGAGAAAUUGUGAGUGUAUGUUAAGUAACCCCACAUAUUGUGGCAAAUCACAUGCUACUCUGGACUACAACCAAGGAAAAUCUACAUGCACAGAAAAAAAUACCUUCGGUGAAACCACAGAGUAAAUAGUCUUAAAUGAACACUAUAGGGUCAGGAACACAAACAUGUAUUCCUGAUCCUAUAGUGCAAAACCCACCAUUAAGGUGGCUUGUCCCCCUUAUCUGCCUUAAAAGCAUGAAAAACUCAACUUAUUUGAAUCAAUGCAUUUUUAUUCCAUUUUCAUUCGGGCCCCCAUCCGCUGCUCAUGGGUGUGGCCGCUAGGUGUGUCCCUCUCUCCCCAUUUUCAUUUAGCCCCCACCCGUUGCCCAUGGGAGAGGCCAGGGGAACAACAGGUGUGUGCCGUCCCCCUCCCCCUGACCCCCCAUUUUUAUUCAGGUCCCUCACCUACCGCUCAUGGGUGGGGGAAGGACAAUAGGCCCCGCCCCCCCCAUUUUCAUUCAGGGCCCCCACCUCUCAUGGGUGGGGGUGAGGACAAUAAGUCCUCCCCCCCCCCUAUUGUAAUUUAGGGUCAUAGGUCCCCCCCGGGCAUGCGCAGGAAUUUCACAGCGCUAUCUAGUGUGGGCAGAUGACGUGUCCCACAGGGACUUUAUCUACCCACACAAAGAUGGCGGCACCUAGGUCCGGGUCCGAAAGAAAGAUUUCAAAAUAGGUAAUAUGUGGAUAUGGGGGGCUUAGGGGAUAUCUAGGGGGACAAUUGGAUGUAGUGGAGUCGGGAGGGGGGGUAAAAAAAAAAAGGGGGGGGGAUUUGUCCAUGACCGUGUCGCUUUAACAUGUUACAAACACUAGAUAGCGCUGUGAAAUUUUUACUUCUUAGGAGGCAUUAUUAUUAAUAAGAAGGGAUGUGAUGAUUUACUUGUUGAAUAUGUACUUCAUCCAGCACCAUAACAAUCUCAUCUCCGUAAAUUCAAUGUAGUGUCGGUACGUUCUGGGUAUAGCCACCAAAGCCCUGUUGACAGGGUCUGUCUAUUUGGCCUUUCUUCCUUUCAGUGGACAGCUGCCAUCGAGAAGGCUUUGAGUUUAAACCCUUUGAAAACUGUUUAACCCCAUAAAGUACAGUGGCAACCAGAACCUAUAGACACCAGGGCAACUUUAUUUAGAUGAAGUUCUAAUGGUUCUGGGAGUGGUCCUUUAACUCAUGAUGUUCUUGCAUUGGACAGUGAUCUUUAGUUUAGUAUUGUCAGUACCGCGUUUACAGAAGAUUGCCAUUUUCCCUUCAUGGAUAUUCUUGAAUACUGCAGUAGUGGUGGUUGCCUGUGUUUUUAUGGUCCUUUCAAGUUCCAGUUUAGAGCUUUAUGCUUUUAUGAUAUAGUUGGAAGUUUAGGCCUCUCUUUCUGAUGACCUCAUGCAACUAUACUCUCACAAAACAAGUCACGUCAUUGAGGCAAGGGAAAAAAUAGAGAAGGUGCUAUUUUUUUUUGUAUUUUUUAAUAUAUAUAUAUAUAUAUAUAUAUAUAUAUAUAUAUAUAUAUAUAUAUAUAUAUAUAUAUAUAUAUAUAUAUAUAUAUAUAUAUAUAUAAUUAUUAUUAUUUUUUUUCAAAAUUUCUAGUGUGCAAAACAAUGCUGGUAUACUUAUUGUGAGUUUAUUUAACACAUAAAAUCUGGACAAACUACUUUUAUUAUAUUUGUAUUCUUGUUUAUUUGGUACUACACUAUACAUUUAUCAUAUUUCUUGUUAGAUUGUCUUAAUCCAUAUUUGGUAGUGUUCACUCAUAUACAGGGUUAUUCACAGAGUGAAUUUUCAGGCAUUCAGCUGGAAAUUGCAAUUUUUGACCAAAAUAGCUGACUUCAAAACAUUUUUCAGCCAGCUACGCUUUUUAGAUGAGCUGUUUUGGCCUUUAUUUUUCAAUUCCCUGUUGAUUUUCCAGCUAUUUCUUUCUAUAUUUUGUGAGGUUUUAUUUGGGCCUAUCUACUCUCAGCCUACCUACCAACCAAGAAAAUAUUAUACAACUACCUAUUUAAAGGGAAACCAUUCCUUCCCAGGAUAUUUAUUAUUGUUUUUACUUGGCCCCUAUAUUUGAAAAUGAGGUCUCCAAAAAAAAACUAAAUGUAAACUUUUGCACACCUUAUUAAACUGCAUCAUGACACUGAGCGCCACCAUCUCUGAUUGUGAUGUGAAUUGCUUAAUCUUUAAUACACAUUUCAAAUAAGUCACAUGGAAAACAAUGUUAACUCAAGUUAUAGGUGAUUUCAACAUUUUCUAAUAUGGCAUAAUUUAAAGAGAAGCUAUGGCUCCCCUUUUCGGGGAAAUAUUCAUUUUUUUUUUUUUUUUUCUGUGAUUAGUGUUUCCAAGCAGCAUUCUGUCGUCCCGAGUCAGAUCUUUGAACUAGUUGACGGUACAAGUAGUUACAAAGAUUUUGCAAUGAGCAAGAAUAAUCGGUUUACCAGUGCUGGGCAAGCCUCUAAGAACAUAAUCCAGCCACCAUCUUGUGUUCUACACUUUUACAAUGUACCCUUGUGCAUGGAAGAAGUCAUGUUCCAAAAGGUAACCAUUAAACGAAAUAGUUUUCUUCUUUUACCCCUUGCUAGAAAAAGUAAUAUCCCUUUAAUAUUGUGUUAAAGCCCAUAUAGGUAAGAGUGCUCAAUAAAUUCACUAUUUAUUUACAGUAGUUCAAGUCUUAAACUGCCAACUUGAAGUUCUAUCUAACCAAUCUCUCUGCACAAGGCUUAUGGCAAAUGUUAUUCACUAAAGUGUGAAUUGUCAGUAAUUCAAAUUCACGUCAAAUUUAAAAUAUAGCUGACUUGGGAAAAUAUUUUCACGUUUGAGCUAACAUUUUAUUUCACUUUGGAUUCCUGAACCAUCACUGAUGUCCAGAUGCCCUUUACUAUGGAUCAACAGUGUUGUCCAGUUAUUCCCUAUAGCCUAAAUCCUUUAUUAGGAGGUUGCUCCCGGUCUCCCUUUUUACACGAGAGGAAUAUUUCACAGAGAAAUAUAACUAAAUAAGCUGUACAUAUUUAACAUACUUUAUACUAUACAAGCCUGUACAUUUUCAUCAACCUUAUUUACUAAGCCACAGGUGAAAGGAUUUUCUAAGCACCUAAACAAUUUCAGCCUAAUUAAGUGGUCUUUGUGUAUAGAUCUCAUCUAAUAGUUUAAGCAAUAUGCUUCCUAUAACCUAAACCAGCACUGUCAGCCAGUUUUUUUGCUGUAUGUUUUAAUGUUUUCUUGCUUUUGUUUGCAGCUCUGUGAAGACCACAAAGUUCCCAUGUUCAUCAAAUUCAAAGUGUUCGAUGCUAAACGUUAGUACAACUUCUAGUUAUGUAUAUACUAUAUGCAUUGAAUGUUUGUUACUCCUUGUUCACUUCUUGUAUACUUUCUUCAGCAUCAUCUAAAACACUCUCCGGACUACUUGAAUGGGAAAGCAAGACUGAAGCCGUGGAAGCUCUCACCGUAUUAAAUCACUACCAAAUAAGAGUACCUAGUAAGUUUAAACUCUUAGAUAUGCAUUAUAAUGCAGUCCUGGCAUUGAUUUUACUUAUUUCUUUAUGUUAAAGGGACACUCAGCAACAUAAAAACUUCAGUUUGUUGCAGUGGCAAUGGCAAAAAAGAUCCUGUCCUUCCAGUUCAAUUAAAAACUCUUACCAGAACAUCACCUAGCUCUAAGCAGGCAUAGCAUGUUGACAUACAGAGACUGCCCUUUUUUUGUGUGCUGGAUGGAGCUGGGAACACACCACUCUUCAUAGAGACAGGAGCUGUCUUUGCACUUGCAGGUACUUGCUUCCUCAUGAGCAGUGACAUAUCAGGUCUUUGGUGUGACUUGACAUGCCAUGUAGUAAGUGGUGUAAGUUCUGGCUCUUUGACUAACGGGGCUUGUAGGCAGAGCUAUGAGCUCCACUUUUAAACCCUAUGUUGUCAGUUUGACAAUUUUGUCAAAGGUAAGGCUGCAAGAACAGUGUCCUGGCACCAUAAUUACUUAGUAAGUAGUUAUUGUGCCUACGGUGUCCCUUUAAAAACAAUGUCUUUUUGAAUACAUGUGAUACUGUACAAAGCUGUGCAUGUUCAUCAACCUAUUUUCUAAACCAUGGGUGAAAGGGACAUUUUUCAUGCACUAAAACAACUUCGGUUUAAAGAAGCACUAUAGGAACACAAACAUGUAUUCCUGACCCUAUAGUGUUAAAACCACUAUCUAGCCCCCUUAUGCCUCCCUAAAGAUAGUAAAAUCUUACUUGUAUUAAAGUCUGAAGCUGCUGCCUCUGCCUGUGAACUUCCUCUGACAUAAUCAGACGUGGUGGCCUGACUUAAUCACAAUGCUUCCCCAUAGGAUUGGCUAAGACUGACAAGGAGGCAGAUCAGGGGCAGAGCCAGCAUGAUUCAAACACAGCCCUGGCCAAUCAGCAUCUCCUCAUAGAGAUGAAUUGAAUCAAUGAAUCUCUAUGAGGAAAGUUCAGUGUCUGCAUGCAGAGGGAGGAGAUACUGAAUGUUUGGAUGCAUUUUAGGCAGCCAUGACCCAGCAAGGAUCUCUAACAGCCACCUAAGGAGUGGACAGUGAAGUUAUCACUAGGCUGUAAUGUAAACACUGCAUUUUCUCUGAAAAGACAGUGUUUACAGAAAAAGCCUGAAGGUAAUGAUUCUACUCACCAGAACAAAUUCAAUAAGCUGUAGUUGUUCUGGUGACUAUAGUGUCCCUUUAAUUAAGUGGUUUUGAUGUGUAGAUAAUUCCCCUGCCGCGUAACUGCUCACUUCAUCCACCUCAUAGGAUUUAAAGGAUACCUGUCAUGACAAAUACAACUUAAUCCUAACUGAUAGUAUCAUCUAUACAUUGUGGUGGCAGAAUUGCUAACAAAUGUCUAGGUUUCUUUAAAAUCAGUGAUUAGAAAACCCUUUUUUUUCUCCUGUCAGUCAUUUCUCCCUCCUGUCAGUCAUUUUGGGCUGUGCCGAUCCUUUGCUCUGCAUGUCUGUUAUCAGGGAAAUCCUCUCCUGCUUGAAUUCAUCCUAAGGGAAAGCAAUACCUGCAAGCAGAAUUGGCAGGCUCUUUGUGAGUGCAGCCGCAGGGAGAGGAGAGAAACCGCCAGAAUCCUUUAUUGUAGCAGCUUUGAACAGGCAAUCUGUCAAUGGAAAGAGAUAGCAGAUAAAUUAGUUUUGGGGACUUUUAACCUAUUAUGGGAAGUGUCAGGAUUGGGGUAGGAACCAAAACACAAAAACCCAGAGCACAACUGAUCCUUAGAACUAACAAAGAACAGAGUCAGAGUAAUAGCCAUGGUCAAGAAUAGGAGAAAACUGGAUAAACUGAUACAAGCAGAGUCAAAAAAGUACAGAGAUCAGGAUAAACCUUAAAACAAGCUAAGAGUCGAAAUACCAAAUAAUCCGAGAAUACAGGAACGCACUAUUGGGUUAACUAGAACCACAACAACUAUGAGUGGGAUAGGUAAGUAUUUAUUGACAUAGGCCAUUUGCGAUUGGCUAGCGUAAUUUUUGUGUUCAAAAUGAAACUUGGGGGCGGGGCAAAUUGAUACAGUCAUCGAACCCAUAAAGUCAUUGGAACGCACCCAGGUUGCAUCAUUCUGAUGCAGAUGCCUAUAUGGUGACGUAUGUAAAGACACGCCCAAGCUGUGUGCGGCAUCAGGGUGGAUGGCGGGAUCGCGAUGGAGAGCCGUGGCAAUUCUCACAGGAAGUCUAUGCUUCCCAAACGGAUAUGCAGAGACGUGUGUCUGACAGCAAUUAUAGCAUCCACUGAAAAUAUGAUUGAUGCCCUCAGCAGGGGAGAGGGGUAAUGGGAAUAAAUGAAUAUAUGAGCUUUUAAUAGUGUUAAGGGAAGAAACCGUUCAUUGUAUACCAUGAGUCAAGUCAGAUAGUUGGGAAAACUGCAAAACCUAGCUCUGUCGUGACCGUUUUACUUUAAAUCACAAUUCGAAAUGUAAGGACAAAUGGCUGAAUUAGAAAAAUUCCCAUAAUCAAUUGUGGGUUUUUUUAGACUAUUUUGGUUAUAAAUUUGGAAAUCACUCCAGGCAACUCUCACUUUAGUGAAUAAUCCUGAAGUGACAAUGGCAGAUAAUCGAGUAGUGACAAUGCAGGGGGCUUGUUCUACACACAAAAAAACCCAAAACACUUUAUUAACUAAAGUUUUGGUGUUAGAGUAUUCCUUUAACAGCCGUGAUAAAAGUGCUAAAGGCACAUAGCCUAACAAAAUAGGAAGCACAUAGGAUCUACCUACACAGAAUGUCAUAAAGGCCACUCUUCUCUUUAUGAAUUAGUACCUCAACUAUCAGUGCUCAAACCUUGUUUAUCAUCAUUUUUAAUAAUAGUGUAUUGAAACUGUGGAUACACCUCAAGUAUAAAAUCUUUAUAUUUGUUUGUUUUAUACCUCUCAUUUAUAUAUAUAUAUAUUUUUUCUCUUAUUGAAGAUGGCUCCAAUCCAUACACACUCAAACUAUGCUUCUCCACGUCAUCUCAUCUGUAA